AUGGAAACAGAUGUCCCAGAUUUGGAGCGAAAUCAUCUUCAUUGGUUUCGAAAAGACUUGAGGUUACAUGACAAUCCUGCCUUGCUAAAAUGUUUGGAGAAUUGCGAGAACUUUUAUGGAGUGUACAUACUCGAUACAGAAGCUUGGUUGCAUCUGAAGACAAAUUCUAGUUCCACAAUAUGGAGGUUCAUACUUCAGUGUCUGAACGAACUUAAUGAUAAGCUGCGAAAUUUUAACUCUCGCUUGUUUGUUGUACAAGGAUCGCCACUGCGUGUUCUCCCAACGUUAUUUGAGAAGUGGAAAGUAUCUCGGUUAACGUUUAACACUGCUUGUGAUCUUUACUCGAAAGGAAGAGAAGAUGUCGUGUUCUCUCUUGCAAGCAUUGCAAAUGUCGAGGUUAUCACUCAGACAUCACACACAUUGUUUGAAAUUGAACGGUAAGAUUUGCAGUUAUAAAUAAAUAAUAGAAAGCCACAGUUCCUUAAUUAAUCUAGUACAAACAGCCGGUCUUUGUAGCAAUGUUAGGCGAAAUAUUUACGUGGAAUAUAUUCGAUGUGCUUUUACAUGUACGCCAGUUUUGCGUACAUGACAAAGAUUUUUGGAAAAGCAAUAGAUUUUUAUAAUUUGAGAAUGAAAUUUAAAUCGAAUGAGAGUUGGCUGUCAACAAGGGACAUUUCAAGCUCUGUAUCUGCCGCACGAAAAUUUUUCAUUAUUCAUUAUUUUUGAAAAAUAGGCUUAACAAAACACCAAACUGAUCUCCAGAUCAAAGUCUUAUUGCUGCAUUCCGCAAGCGCAACUCAAAUUGUAUCUUUCUAAAGAUAUUACUUGCCAGAAUGCCUCUAUUUUUCAUAUCAGCCCUGGUAUGUAUAGAAAUAUACUGUAGUGUAGGACGUAUUUUAAAAAUUAAAAUGAAUUAUACACCGAUUUACUUCAGAUUUUUAUGGGGUUUUUUAGGGGCUGAUUACAUGGAGGAUUUUCAACCCCGGGGUUGAACUCAGCCCUGUUUACCAGGUUGAAAAUUCAGCCCUGUCUGUAAUACCACUCUAUCAAAAUCAAGCGCACGAUUACAUGACAAAAUUUUCAACCCAGGGCUGAGUUCAACCCCGGGGUUGAAAUUUCAGCUAGCAGGGUUGAACUCAGCCCUGGGUUGAAAAUUUUGUCAUGUAAUCGUUUCAACCCAGGGUUGAAAUUAUCAUGAGUUAUUCGAGCAUGCGUGGUAGUGACUAUUUAUUACAAGAAAACAAAACGAAGGCUUUUUUACUUCCAGGAAUCGAUGCCGAGAACGUAUACUACAGCGUUUCAACCCCGGGGUUGAAAUCGUCCAUGUAAUAGCAAAAAAAUUCAACCCGGUUAGCAGGGCUGAGUUCAACCCCGGGGUUGAAAGUUCUCCAUGUAAUCGGCCCAUUGACAAGUGUUAUUUUCCGCUGGCUGAGGCACGAAAGAAGCGGAAAAUGUUUUCUCACACACUGCUGGGGGCCUGAUGAAAUCAGGGUGUUACAGGGUGGUGCAGGUUAUAUGAGCAUAUUUUUGUUGUUGCUCACCGUAGCUUGACAGUAUCCCGCCCACCCAGCCCUUUUAUGUUUAUUAGUACAGAACGGCGUUGGAUUGGAUAUAUAUGUACCUGUUAGGGUAAUUAUUAAGCGAGCAUUUGUAAUGUAUGGUAGUUUAAAUUAAUAAAUGUCAAGCUUGCGGCUGACGCUGCAGCAGCUCCAAAUAAAAAAAAUAAUGAAAAAAUAAAAAUGAAAAAAUCCCACUCCAAAUUUUUGAAAAUUGUGGACGAGAAACAUGAUAUCAAUUUCCAUUGGCCUAAAGGCUGGUUUUAAUACACUGGUGUUUUAAUACACUACCAGUAGAUCACAGUAGGAAAGUUUUGAAGGAUUUGUAAGAAAUUUUGGAGGGAAGUGACUCAUUGUUUAACUGAGUCAGUCCCCUCAAACAUUUCUUACGAUUCCUUCAAAACUUUGUCAAUACGUCACAACAUUCAUUGGCGUAAAUAUUUGGUUUCACAACAUAUACGAUGUGUGGAGAAAAUGUGGGCAUUUAAAAGGGGGUGGAGCUUAAGUAUAAUAUAUUUUGCCUUCAUAAAUGUCUUGUUUGGCAACAAAGUAUAACUUACUUGAUGGUUAAAUGCCCAUUCAUAAGAAUUUUCAGCUUGUCAGGGCAAACGUUUCAGUGUUUAUAAAUACAUUUUGCUCAAUUGAACUGUCUGACCUUAAUUUACUGUCGUUCCAAUUGAAGUGUUCCUCAAAUAUUGAUUCAAUACAUUACCUCAGGCUGACCAAUUCAUUUCAUCAAGUUCCUCGAGAUAUUCAUACACUUCCUGUGAAAGAGCCAAUUCCAAGUAUUUGAUCAUUUCUGGUCACUUCCUUUCUAUUUAUGAUUGGUUAGUUGCACAAACAACAAAGGUGAUUGGUGCAUUCAAACUAUUCAACAGGAAGUUUACAAUUAUACUAGGAAGUGUAUGAAUAUUUCGAGGAACUUGAUCAAAUGAAUUGGUCAGCCCAAGGUAAUGUAUUGAAUCAAUAUUUGAGGAACACUUCAAUUGGAACGACAGUAAUAGUGCAAGAAAUUCUAUACUGGUAUUUAGCUGCUUCUGAAGUCUCACCUAUUAAAGCCCAGUUUUAUUGUAAUUAUGCAAUAUAAUUAUACAAGUGAUGAACGUUUAUGAGUGCAAUGGUAAAAAUAUUUUCUGCAAAGCUGAUCUGCUACAUUCUCUUGAACGAAAGGGAGAAUUUUGUUCACUCAUGGUAGAGACAUAUUCUUCCAAAAGAUGGAGCUGGAGCCAUAUAUCUACGAAACAACACCUUGACUUGUUUUGAAAGGAGGUUAAUUAGAUGACAAAAUCGUCUCCCUGACUCCAUUUACUAUAGUACACAAAUUUUUACAAGCCUCCAAUUUUUCAUUUGUUAUGAAUUAUAUUCUCCUUGAAGGGUUGAAUAUAACCAGGGCAUUUGUUUGGAUUCAUAUUUCUAGUUUGGCACCACAUUAUAUUCUGCCUUUGAGUUUGUUAGUUUGUUUGUCCGUUUGUUAGUUUGUUCACAUCAAUAUGUUUCCCCAAUCGCCUAGUCAAAAUUCCUUGCAUGUGCUCAAAAUUUUUGCGGGAAAAUUAAUUAAUCUUGGAAUCUCAGGACCAACUGUUUGCUGGGCUUUAUCUCUGGUUUUAUGCGCCAAACAAGGACAAAAAUACCACUGUUCGAAUCAGCGUAAACCUUGUAUUUAUGGAUGAGAAAUUGAUUUCAAAAUUGAUUUCUUUUCCAGCGAUUCAUGGCUUUUGAAAGACAAGCCGCUCAAAAUAAUCCUUUCAUGUUUUCUGAAUUCCUUUUUUCAAGGAAAGUUUUCUUUCCAAUUAAUCUUGGACUCUUUCUUAUCUCUGUUUUUUUGUGCCCAAUAAGGACAAAAAUACCAUUGUUCAAUUAAGUUAAUUCAGCGUAAGAAAUUGUACUUACGGAUGUCAGAUGUAUUACUAAACAACAGUAUUCUAGCGAUUUAUGGCCUUUGAAAGUCAAGCGAAAUUGUAUUGUUGACAAAUCGCUCAAAAUUAUUAAACUAAUUAAAAAUGCAGUCCAUUUGAUCAUUCAUAACUUCGGUAUCGUUAGUUUUCGGCCGUCAUCCAGUAUAUUCGUCUCACUUUUCUCCUCAUUUUGGUAGUAUUUUGAGCCCCAAGAAAUUUUAUUUUGAAGGCUUUAAAAUGCAGUUUUGAUCCUAACAUAUGAACCAGCUAGCGACCAACAGGAGAAUGUAGGCUAUAUAGGCGGAAACGCUGGAAAUUUUAUUUGUAGGCGGGCACGGGCGGGGCACCGCAACCAGUACUGUGUCUGGUUUAGUACUAUUGUUCUUCUCGAUUAUCUAUAUACAAAAUCUUUUAUUUUGUCUAACAUUUCGGUUCGGAAAGAUAGCAUUCCCGGCAGUGGCGUAGCCACUGGGGGGGGGGGGGGACAAGUCCCCCCCACUCUCCUUCAGAACCACCUUUGAGAUAUGUUUAAAUCUGUUGAGAAACUGGGGGGGGGGUGGGUAACACUGAUCCGAUUUUUAGCUAAAAACAGAAAGCUACCAUUGUAAAUAGAUAGACAGUUCUAAGAAAAGACAUUAGGAAAAUUGCAUAGUUCAAAGUCGUAAAAUGUAUUAUUUUUCGUGUAUUUUAUAUAAUGUUAUGAUUUUCUGAAUCCUGUAAAAUCUCACUUUAAAAUUUGAACUUCAAAGUCUUAAAAUGUACUAUUUUUUGUGUAUUUUAUUGAACAUUGAACAUUGAACAUUGAACAUUUAUUUAAACACGGUAAAAUCUUCAGUGUAGAAUAAAAUACAAAAACUAUUAAUAAAUUUCACACAUCACUAUAUACACACUAAUUUCCUAACUAAAAUGCACUGUUUUCCAAGAUUGCCGUGUGGGGAUCCCAUUAUAAUGUCAAGAAUUGAUUAAUUUCAUUUUUGAAAUGCCUCAAUGAUUUGGACGUACGUGCAGUUUGAGGAAGCGCAUUCCAUAAACUUGCUCCACUGUAGCAGAAACUACGCUUCAUAAAGUCCGUACGUGGUUUUGGUAAAUUUAGCUUCAUUUCUGCAUUUCUUAAGUUAUAAUCUGUGCUGCGAAAUGUAAACAUGUUUUGUAAAUACUCUGGCGUUAGCUUAUUGAUAGUUUUAAACAUUAGUAUAGACUUGUGCUUUUUCCUACGUAAGGAAAGAUUGUCCCAAUGCAGUUUCUCUAAGAGAAUGCUAGAGCUGACAUCGUAGUUGGAUUUCGUAAUCACUCUAGCAGCUCUAUUCUGCAAUUUUUGCAUUUUUUCACAUAAUGUUGCGCCAAAUUCGUCCCAAAUGGGACUACAGUAAUCAAAGUGAGGUUGAAUUAUAGCGUUGUAAAUUUGGAUUGCUGUUUCAGUUGAUAUAAAUGGUUUUAUUCGCUUAAGAGCACCUAUAGCGGAAGAAAUCUUUUUACACUUCAUAUCAAUGUGUUUAGACCAAGACAGAUUUUUAUCAAUAAUUACACCUAGUGAUUUUGCCUCAUCAACUUGUUUAAUCACACGACCAUCCAGGUCAAUAUUGAUAUUUUCGUUAGUGUGCGCAUGCAUACGUUGUCGAGAUCCUAUUAUCAUAAAUUCUGUCUUGGCGAUAUUAAGGCUUAAUUUGUUCGCUUCCAACCAGCUUUUCAAUUUUUUUAAUUCCGAAUUAAUAACAUUUUCUAGUUCAGCGAUAGUGUUGGCCGCAUAACUAAUGUUCGUAUCAUCAGCAAACAUUCUCGGUACUGCUGCACUGAGACAAUUAGGAAGGUCGUUAAUAUACACAAGGAAGAGUAAUGGUCCUAAGUUACUUCCCUGUGGUACACCACGUGUAACUGAUGCAGAUGAUGACAAGCAACCUCUAACAUUACAUUUCUGAGAUCGACCGGUCAAAUAAGAUUGAAACCAUUCGAGACUUAAUUGAUCCAUACCGUAAAUUCGAAGCUUCCGCAGCAAUAUCUGAUGAUCAAUAGUAUCGAAUGCUUUUUUAAGGUCGAUAAAUAUUACUCCAUUGAAGAGGCCAUUGUCAAUAUUAACUGACCAGUUACUAGUGGCUUCAAGAAGAGCAGUAAGUGUACUAUGUAACGACCUGAAACCGGACUGGCAAUGCGUUAACAAGCUGUUAGAACUGAAGUAAUUAUAAAGUUGCUCAAAGAUUAAUUUUUCGAAGAUUUUGGCUACAGCUGAAAUAACUGAUAUUGGUCGAUAGUUAUUCGGAUCAUUCCUUUUUCCUUUCUUAAAUAUUGGUGUUACUCUAGCCAUUUUCCACUCGGAUGGAAAUAUGCCAGUGUUAAUUGAUCUGGCAAAUAUAUCAGUUAAUGAUGGUGAGAUUAUUGCAGCUGCUAUUUUUAACAGCUUAUUAGGAAUGUUGUCGAGACCUGGAGCUUUUCGUUCGCUAAUUUUACUCAACAGAAUAUAAACCAUAUCAACCGUAGGAGGUCUAAUGGAAAAUCUCUGCUCAGUUGAUUCUAAAUAGUCUUCAGGGUUGACGUUAGAAAUGGGUAUCUGAUGAUAUAAUCUUCUGAAUUUUGUAAAAUCUCACCCCAAAAUGCAUGAAAUGGUGUUUCAUAGGCUCUGAAUUUCAAAAUUUUUCUGGGGGAGCAUGCACCUAGACCCCCCUAGAUUGUUCGCGCCUUUGGCACUCUUGUCCACCCCACUUUGUAAACCCUGGCUACGCCACUGAUUCCUGGCCUGUUUAACAACCAGAAUAGGCAACACCCUUCAAAGAAGAGUGUACAGGAAAUCACAGAGAAAACCUCCCAGUACUGAUGACUCAUCAUACCAUCCAGUCUCACACAAUUUAUUCACAAUAUGUAGUUCAAAUGAAGCUGAAUUACAAGGGUUGUUUUAUAUACUACCCCAAAUAAAUGUGUGCACAACGUAAUCAAGCGAUCAAGCAGACCAACAAUGGAGAUAUCCAGUAUAAAUGAAGACAAAAAGUCAUUGCCACUAUUCCGUACGUCAAAGGAACGUCAGAAAGAGUUGAGAGAAUUUUAAAACCCUGGCCUAUAACAUCUCGGUGGCACAUAAACAUUCAACAACUUUAUGGGACAUGUUAACUAAAGUGAAAGACCCUUGAACACCAAAGAAUUGUCAAUUAGGAGCAGUCUACAGAAUAACAUGGCCAGGAUUUCUGGUCAAGGGAUGGCCAAAAAUAUUCCAGGAGGGGCCCUGUGCCUUUAUUGUGUGAAAAUGUAUAUAUUUAAUAAUAAUAAUAAUAAUAACACUUUAUUUAUUGAGGAUAUAAACAGAUAAAGUUACAACUUUUUUCCAAUCUGGUCCUCCUAAACUCUAUAGACACAACAAUAACAUUAAACAUGACUAUAUUCAGUGCUUCCUAGGAGUAUGAACAAAUGAAAUCAUGGGUAUAAUGGACUCCCACUGAUGUAACCAUGCAUAAUAUAGUACAAUGAACUUUUAGGGGGUCUGGGGGGAUAAUAGGGAAAAUUUUUAAAUUCUAGAGUCGGUAAAGUGCCAUUUUUAGCAUUUUGGGGGCUAUUUUAAUGUGUUUUGGUGAUUUUAAAUAACCAGUUACUGUAACACAUAACAACUCUACUUAAUCACAAACGAAUCCAGAAUGUUUAAAACAUAGAAAGAUAUCAAAUUUCCAUUUAUACAAGAAAUGAAAAUAUAAUGCAAAUGCUUGUAGCCUACUGGUCACUGCUGCUAGCUAUUUUAUAGGUGAAACUGCAGGAAGAACGCUAUCGAAUGCAGAAUUAUUAUUAUAAUUAUUAUCAUUACUGGAUUUAUAACUACAUACAAUAACAUAAGUUAAAUUACUAUGUAGUUUACAACAAUAUUAAAAAAUUUAAUUACAAUUAUUUACUAUCCUAAUUGUUGUUCAUAGUAUUAAAAAUGUUAAAAAACUCAAUAAUAAUUCAGGAGGAAAACACAAAGAAAAAUCAUAAGCGUGUCGUAUCUUUAUUAUGUGAUAAAAAAUCAUGUUAAUUUACAUAAACUUUAGCUUUGAUUUUCUCGGUUUAGACAAAGUUUAUUUUAAAAAUUACUUCGCCAAUGAACUCAUAUAAGAUGAGUUGUUUUUUAAGCCAUUUAAAGCACAUAUCUGAUAAAACACUCCUACGUAUAUCUGAUAAAACACUCCUCUACGUGUGCUUUAAAUAGUACUUAAUAGCAUGUAAAAGCGGGCUAUUUUUAAAUCUAUUAGUUCUACUAAAAAAGUUGUAUAAACAAUUUUGUUCCCUCUAGUGUUUCUAUCCGUUACCUCAGAUCUUUUUGGAGGAAGCAAAUGAUUAAGCUUAUGAUCUUCUUCGGUCAUAUCUGAUAUUAACUUGAAACAGUGGUCUUUUCUUCGUUGUUCCAAUGUUGUCAACUUGUUCGCUUUCAAUACCUGUUCGUAAUCUUGUCCUGGAUAUAUUAUGAAGAACAUAAACGCUGUUCAGCAAAAAAAUAGCAGCUCACCAUAUUAUGAACACCAAGGCCGGAGUUCUACCUGCUUGGAAUUUACAUCAAAUUUCGGCCAGAUAAUGUUUUUACAAAACUGGUAUAUUCGAAGAGUGAAAAGAACAACAUUAAUAUAUGCAGUGAUGUGCCAGGCGCAUACUUUAGUUUAAUACACCCUUUCGAUUAUAAUUACGUCAUUUGGCCUGGGAGCCUCGCUCUCAUGAAUCGUGAGCCAAUCACAUUGCGUAAUUUACUAAUGAGAGCGAGGUUCCAAGACCAAGACCAAACACCCCUGGUUCACAAAAUUUGAGUUCGAGAAAUUUUUUUCAUUAUUCUACAUUAUAAGUAGCCAAAGAAGCUAUAUAUAUAAAAAACCGGAUACAAAUAGGUGAUUUGCGAAAUUGAGAGCAAUUUAAAAUCUGUUCAGUUUUUUUUUAUACACCCUGUAGGGAUUAACGUAAGGAUUAACCUUACGAAUGGCGUUUCAAAGAUUUGCUGACUGUCUGUCUAUAUUUUUGGAUAUUAAAAUACAAACUAACAGGAAUAUAAGGCGUACACAGAGCAAACACAGAAACAUGUAAGACUGGAUUUUGUUACAAAUUAUUUCAAAUUACUGUUGACUUUAGUUACUAUUAACCAUAAAAAAUUGUUACCACGCGCAGUAUGCGUAGUAGCACGGGACUUAAUUCAUUAUUAGCAUUUAUUGUUUGUAUUAUCUUCAACGCCUGCUGCAAGUCGAUACAAACAAUUUCUCGUGGGACUUCUCCCUUAGCAUGUGUUCUUCGUACUAGUAUUAAAAAUGCUUGCCAAAAUUUGUAUUCAACAGACAUAGUGUUCAUGAAAUUUCUUCUUGACAGUUAUCAUGUUUGUCAUACCCCAUUUGAGUUGGCGCCAAUGUAAAAAAUUCUGUAAUGAUUUUAUCCGUGGUCAUGCACCCGUUGCGGUCUGUCGAAGUUUCUCGAAACAUUUCUUCGUGCAUGCAUAACGCAGUUUAAAUUGUGAUCAUGCAACACAGUCCUCUUUAAAUCUCUUUCUUUCAAUUACUUUUCUACUGUACCUAUACUGUGUAAAUUGUUGUACUGCGUUCAUUUUCAAAUAUUAAUUUCAAGUUUUAUUUGAUAAACCUCGUGAGAUUGUAAACAAAAUUAACCGUCCUGUUGAGCCGCCAUUUUGAAUAUUUUUGCUCAUAUUGAUUCCCAAGCCCCACUCCUAUACUGGAGUACGAUUAAUGUAAUAAUUUGCUCAUGCAAAUAAUUGUAUUUUUUGUAUAUUCCUAUUCUCGGCUCGGUUUCGCAGGAUUUCAUGGCAAACAAGAUUACUGUUUUAACCACGAACAACAUCUACAAUCGUGAACAAGAGUAUCGAAAUUUUAGGAAAAUGUAUUCAACUAAUUUCAUUAUCUUUUUGUUCCCCCUCCCCACCCAAUGUUGCUAUCACACUAUAUUUACAUUUUUCAUUUUUUUUACAUUUACAAAACAUGGCAGGGAACACGCAACAGCUUUCGCCAAUUAUAGCGGCCCUUUACAUAAUUCUUAUUACAAUACGAAGUAAUAUUACUCAAGACAGUUCACUAAAUUAACUAAAAACAACACAACUUUGAACUGGACAGACUAUUACAAGACAAACAUAUAUAGAUUUAAAUGUUCGUGGAUCUUCAACGUCGAAAGUAUUUUCUGAUGCCGAUUUGUAAUAACUGCGUAGAUCGUUUGUAAAUUCAUUCAAGGAUUUUCUCUUUACAUUUUAAACGUAUUUCAGUAACAUUGUCCUGGGGGGAUAUUUUACUGUAGGUAAGAUAAAGGAAUCGCAACUGUCACAGGAAUCGCAACUGUCACACCAAUUAAUAUUUCAUUAUUAAUAUAUCAAAUUAUGUCCGCGAUUGUAGAUCAUCUGACUACACUAAUCUGUGUUUUACAUUAGAUACAUUGAGGGCAAUGGAGGUAACGUUCCUAUCAACUUGGAAGAAUUUCAACAUGUUUUUUCGUCUCUUGGCCAACCACUACCUCCUGUAGAAUGUGUAGAAGCACGACAUUUUGCGAAUUGUGCAACGCCUAACUCUGAUUGGUUGGAAGCCAACUUUGGAAUACCUACACUGGAAGAUCUGGAAUUCGUUGAUAUGUCUAAUAUUUCCACGACAUCGUUGAUGAAUGGAGGAGAAGAUGAAGGACUAGGACAUUUUAAAAACUUUGUGGAAGAGGUUGGUAGUAGAAAAUAGUAGAAAAAGUAGAGGAUGAAACAUAUUAGAAAACAGACGCUCUCUGACCAAAUAAUUUCAUAUUUAAUUACAAGUUUUCGGCUAUACCAGUCAGUAGCUUUCGACGCGGUUUGAGUGAAAAAUAGUGUUUAUGCAAUUAUGUGGAAAACACUUGUUGGUUCGCCAUAUUUCUGAUUUGCAAAACAUGCAGUAACUAAAUUAAUAAUAAUUUAAACGUAUAUGCAUUUUAAAAGGAAAUUUAGUUGUAUUGAAAUUACGGGAACCACUUGAGUAUUUUUACAAAAUACAAAAACAACGCGGGGCCAUAGGUUCAAUCCCUACCAGAGGGCCGUAGGUUCAAUUCCUACCAGAGGACCUUGUGCUGCAUUUUUCGCAGUCGUUCCUGGUUAGGUCUUAAAAUGUAUAUAUUCCACUUGGAUUACAAUCCCUAACAUUCUAAUAUUAAUUCCACCAAGUGAAGUGCAAUAAUCUAAAUCAUUGAAGUCAACGCUAACUCCGAAUAGGAACAUACUUUUAAUACAGUUCUAGCUUUCGACUAUGUUUUAGUCAUCAUCAGGAAUCCUUGAUGACUAAAACAUAGUCGAAAGCUAGAACUAUAUUAAAUCUUACUUUUUUGACCCACCAUUCGAAAGAUUAUUUUAUGAGGAUUUCAACGGUGGUUUUCGUUUUAAAGGGCGGGUAAAUACUUGCCGAGAUAUUUUAAUCUUCCCCACUCGAAAGUCGGAAAUGUAAAUAUAAACCGGACGGCAUUGACAUUCUUUGUUUUUGAUCAGUAGACGCCAUGUACGCUACAGCGUACCUAUUUUAUAUAUAUAUAUAUAUAUAUAUAUAUAUAUAUAUAUAUAUAUAUAUAUAUUUUAUAUAUAUUUUAUAUAUAUUUUAUAUAUAUAUAUAUAUAUAUAUAAUAUAUAUAAUAUAACUAAACCUGUUGUCGACGCUAUAACUAAACCUGUUGUCGACGGCAUAUGGCGACUACUGUUCCAGUAGACGCCAAGAAACAUGCACGAGUGAGUUUUUCAAAGAUUAUCAAAAUUGCACGAGUCUGAAGGAUGAGUAAAAUUUGACUUCUUUGAAAAACUCUGGAGUGUAUGUUUUUUUUUCAAAAUGCGCGAGAAACCAUACUAUUACUUAUUAAUAAUACACAUAUGAAAAAAUUACACGCUUCGAUAACACACCUGCGCACUCACCGACCGACCCACGCUGUUAAAGCAUUGUUUUCAUUGCUUGUUAGCAAACUGUUUUGUUUUGUUAAUUGCAUAGUGUUUAGUUUCAAAAAUAAUUGCACUGCUCUUAGCCAAUCAGAAUUGAGUAAUUUCUUCAUCUAUUGUAUUGCAAAUUUAAGAUCACAAGAUAUGAUGAAGGGAAGAAGAGUCAAUCACCAAGGGAGUCGAGCAGAUUGAGUCCAUACUUUAAAUUUGGCUGUCUUUCUGUAAGAUAUGUAUGUCAUGAAGUUCAACGCUACAUUAGCAAGGUAACGCAUAUCUUGCUGUCUUUUAUUCAUUAUAUUUUUCGUCGACUAGUCGAUUACUGUUGAAAUUAUUAUCACAGCUAAAAUAAAAAGCUUAGGAGGUCUGCUUGUGCUGAAUGCUUUUUCGUAAUUUUAAAGGUAUUUUCUUUGCUUUCGUCGUUGCACGAGUCUUUUCUUUUGCUCUCCAAUGAAAUUUGAGAAAACUAAACUAUUGCUUGACAAAUAAUGUCAAAUUUCGUUAUUUCUUUAUAGAGGGACGUAAUUUCUGGUUUCCUCAAAGGCCUGGAAACUAGAGAUUUUUUCAUUAUGUUGGCAAGUCGUAUCCGAAACUGGGAUAGGAUAAAUGGGAAUCCUGUAUGCUUGGAUAUUCCUUGGGAGGAAAACAGUGAAUAUUUGAAACAAUUUAGACAGGUAUGUACUAUGUAAUACGCAGUGUACAUGCUCUAAAUGUCUCGGUGUUGCCAAAAUGAUGUAAAUUAUUGCAGCUUUGUAGACAAUGAUUAAGUAUACAAAUGUUAACACAAUUUUUGUGUCAGUGAACACCAAAUUUACACCCCAAUAAGUGUAUUGAAACACCUAACACUUAUUGUGUGUAAAUAUCACGAUUGAUGAGUGUAUUUGGUGUUCACUAACAAAAAAAUGGUAUUAAUAUUUACACUAUAAAAUCGGUACACAGCUAAAAACGAUCAGGUUGUUGCAAUAUUGAUGUAAACAGGAUUGAACAAUGUUGUGCUGCCCACAUUGUUCACAGUUGUUAACAAUAUCGAACAAUGAGUUUUUUCUGUGUCGGUGUAAUGUUCUCAGGUGAAUAUGAUGUUUGUGAUGUUACUCUGAGUGUAUAUCCACACCGUACGUGGCAGGCAUAUUUUUCAAGCUUGUACGGUGUGGAUAUACACUCAGAGGAACAUCACAAACAUAAUAUUGAACAAUGUUGUUACACCUGAUUCAGGCUCAACAAUAUUGUUCAAUGUUGUUGACAAGUGUGAACAACGUGGGCAGCAAAACAUUGUUCAAUCCUGUUAAACAGCAGGCUCAUGAUUUUUACGCGUGUCAGGCUACAAGCUGCCAUGAUUUACACCAUUGGUGUUAUAGGAACACCCAUGCAGAUAUUUAGAGUAUAAAUACAAUCAUAUAUAUGCUCUUGGUCAUCAAAAUGUUUGAUGUUUUGUAAUUGUAAAUGUAGUAUUAUAUACAUCAACUUCAAUUUUUUUGAAUGUUUCUUUUUUUAUAUUUAUUAAUCUGAGAAUUAACGCUCAUGGUCUAGUGGCGAUGUUCGGGCGGAAAUAUUUUACUUCAUCUUCAUUUUAUUUAUCUGUAUAUUUUACUCGUCUUUACCUUACCUAUAUUGCCGUGUAGACAAACAGUUUUUACAUUGUAUAUUUUGUAUAAGAAUAAGAGGAAUGACGAACAAUCAAAAGCAUUAUUAGUCUUACGUUUCUUAGUUUCAUAUUGCGGUUAUCUUAAAAAUCAAUAAGGACCUUUAGCAAGCAGGACGGCAACGUUACGACGACUUACAUGCAGGGGGUGAACAAUGGACAUACGUAAAGAAAGUCCUGACAAAAGUUAUGUUUCUGAACUUGUUUAGUUUUGUGUAUGUGUGAAUAAAAAUUGUGAUUUCAAGUCAAAGAUUAGAAAAAUACAGUAGAUUCAAAAUUCAAGAUGGCGGAUUUGAAUCAGAAAUUCAUUUUCAAUUCUGAGUAAAAACUCUCUAAACUUGUCUAUUUUUCUAAUCCUUGACUUGAAAUUACAAUUUUUAUUCACACAGUUACUAUAUAUACUAAACAAGUAAGAACAGGAUAUACCAUAUUUUAUGGGGGGGGGGGGCACUUUUUAAUGUCCACCCCCUGUAUAUUACAAUGAUUUUCAUACUAUUAUAGAAAAGAAAGGAAUAACUUAAAGUACCAUGAAAGUUUUAGACGUCUUCAUAGUUUUGUAAUCCACAGACAUUCACGUCUUGUAUAUAGAGAGCCUGCAUUUCAAGGUACCUACUGUAUACAGUGUAUUAUUAUUCGGCUGACGACCUUUACUUCUUAUAGGGCAAAACAGGCUUUCCUUGGAUCGAUGCUAAUAUUGCUAAACUAAAACAAGAAGGUUGGAUUACUUAUGAAGCAAGGCAAUCCUUGGCAUAUUUUCUUACCAGAGGGUGUCUUUGGAUAAGCUGGGAAGAAGGUGUUAAGGUAAGGGACCGGUCAUUAUUUAUGGCAGGGGUGGGGGCCGAAGAGAAAGUAUAAUGAAGCCGGAAAAAAUCAUUACCCAACUUUUUCGAAACAAAAUUUCUAGCUACCCCACCGGUGGAAUGCCAGAAAAAUUUUUUACCCCACCCAAACCUAUUUUGUUGCAAUGUCAAAGGUUCAGACAUAAAAUAUGUAAUGAAACAGUUUAGUAUUUUGUAUGCGUAUUACUCAUCAAGGUACAAAUUGCCCUUGAUGAGUAAGAUCAUCUGCUGUUAGAGAGUAAAUAAUAAUUAUUAUAGGGUGCUUUGACCACAGUGGACAUUAUAAUUAAAAGGGAAUAGGAUUGAUUGGUAAUACUUGUUUACCAAUAUCCCUUGCCCUUAUUUCUUGUGGAGUAAUUAAAGCACACAACAGUCAUGCCUUUAUAUUAUGGGUUAGCCCUACAAUAGCAAGGUACUAUAUAAAGAAUUAUAGUUAUCUGAAGGCUUAAAAUUUGUCUACUUGUAAAAUUUAAAUAUGAAUGGGUUUUUAUAGUUUGUAUUCAACGCUAUAUUCCCUUUUCACGAGAUAGUGCAAUAUGCUAGUCCCAUGCAUAAACAUAUAUUAACCAUAUGCUUCAAUAUUUUAGAACACUAACCGUAUUUCACCACCCUAUCUCUUUCCCACUUUAAAGUUUCACUGUAUAUAAUUUGGUUUCUUUCACAUUCUUGCAUUUCUUUAUUAAUUGAAAUGCAAUUUUAUUUUGAAACAGUUUCACAAAAUAUGUGCUCACCCAUGAUUGCAACUAUCUAAAUUCUAAAAUUUCCUCUGAAAUUCCUUUAAUAUUUCCUUACUAUAGACAAUCACAUGUAUUAUCACGGAAUUUUAAAGGAAUUCCUUAACAAUUCCCAAGGAAUUCUUGAAGUUUAUGAAAUCAAUUUAAUAUUUUAAUUUGUAAACAAUACAACGAUACUAAAGUAUUUGUCCCAUGUGAGAAUAUCUGAAUUUAGAAAGUUACUGUAAAUUAAUGAGAAAAAGUUGCUGUUAUACAGUGUGAAGAUAAAGAUAUUCAUCCGAAUUCCAAGUAUGAUUAUAUAAACAAUUAAAUUAAUCUGUAAAACAGGUAAAUAGAUUUCUCUUAUUUUAUCCAUGUAUACAUGAUCUGCUAGUAAAGAAAAACAGCUAGUUGCCAAAGGCUAGAGAUGAACAUAUUGUGAACUAGCCAUUGGAAUGAUUCUCCAGAUUCACAAGGGGCAUGGGGCAUAUUUCAUGAUUUGCUACCUGAAUUGUCCAUAUGGUUUACAAGCACAUACUGGAUAUAAAUAUAAUUAGUUAUGCAGUAUCAAGUGUAGAUGCCCAAAAAUUAAAUCCUGAAAAUUUAAUAGACUGUACAUAUACUUUUUGAGAUAUGUAAUAAGAGGAUGUUUAUAUGGGGGUCAGGCUGGAUGCCCGGGGUUAGGGGCUACAGACUUAAGGUCACUUUUCCCGAAGCAAGAUCUCGGGCUAAAGGGGCGGGAUCUCGCUUAGCUAUAGCUGGGCCCACUCUUUACCCAUAUAUACACAAGGUGAACUUUAGUAAGAAAUAACAACAAAGGCAGGAUCUUGCCAAAACUGGGCGAGCUUGGGUAGCCUGGGGAUGGCUUGCAGUUGCACCAUAUAAACAGCCCCUAUAUAUAGGCAGUAUAUAUUUUGUCUGGUAUUAAUUGGAGUCUUUGGAGAUUUUGUGUGUAAAUGAAUAUAAAAAUGACCCUUUACAGGUGGGUUGAGGAGGGUGUUUCUGUCAACAUUCCGAAAAGCAAUAAUAUUUUAUUAAAAAAUUAGAAUAAUCACAUAUUAAUGAUCCAAAGAUUGAAUCAUUGAAUAUAAACUAUAAUUAACACAAUAAAAAACACACGUUUUGGUUUUGUGGGAGAAGGGGUGUUUUGGGGGGAAGUACUCUGUGUUUAUGUCAAACGACAUCCCUCCUCAUCGUCACAUACCUAAUACUGUACUGAACUGAUAAUGCUAGUCAGGAGUAGCGACCCCCUGACGUAUCUGACCAAGAGCACACUUGGACAGUCCCUAACCUGCCCGCUUGGGCAGUUCCUAACCUGUCUAAGGUCCACAGAACCGCUUAGACAGUCCCUAUUAUUUGAAAUAUAUAUUUAUAUGUGACGUUACUAGAGUCUAUGGGAAAUGAAGUUGACAUAUUGGAAUACUUCUUCCCCGUAACCCAAUGUUUAUUUAUUUAUUACCAGUAAAGGAACCAUAACAAUUUUUAUUAUUUACCAUAUUGUAAAACUUGUGUCCAUAGGCACUUUUACACCUCUGAUAGUCUUUCACUUUGGAAAGUUUUUCAUUUUGGAAAGCUUUACAGCAGGAAGCCAUUGUUUCCUUAUAAUAUGCUAAUUAUAAUGAGAUCCUUUUACCAACUACUAUGUAGACAAGGUGUUGGAAGCAAAUGCAGUAACCAAAGUGCAA